AGUAUUUGAGCCUGAUUGUCCACCAGUCUCACAUUCACUGUACUCCAGCUAGUGCAUCGUAACACAGAUCGACAGUAGACUUUAAGUGAUUAGAAAAAUCUCAAAGAUCGUUACAACUUAUACUGGGAGUACGUGGGAGUACAUGGGAGUACGACAUUUUCGCUUUUUCCUCCUUGGUUUUCUCACGUUUUUAAUGAAGAUGAUGGGGUUCGUAUAUGUAUUAUCAUAUGUUUUUUGUUUUAGAUAUAUUGAUUGAUGCCUAGCUGUAGUCACCCUACUGCUCAUCCUCGUCGUUCACGGGGGGCGGUAUUAUCUUCAGUACCCCAAGGAAAGAGACGUAUCACAGCUCAGAUGGCAACUUCGAUCAAUAAAUAUCUUCGUAAACGAUACAAAGGAAAGUUUUUGGCUCUCAAUGAAGACAGUUUAUUAUGCGAAACAUGUUUUGCUAGAGAACAGCGCCGAACACCUGGUAAUAAGAACAGUAUAGUAUCUUCAUCUGACGACGAGUAUAGUCAAAACAUUUCGUCUGGUUUACUUUCCGAGACACCGAGUAACAAAAGAUUAUGUUUGUCAUCAAUAUCGCUAACUGAUCCGAUCGAGACGCCUUCAUCGUCAGGAUUUUCACACAGUACACCCGUGGUUACUGACAACCAGCCAAUGAUGGAUUUAAUGCACAAUAUUUCGUCAACAGAUAUUUCCUCACCAUCUGACAUUGAAACAAAGUGCAAUUUUAUUUCCAAGACGGCUAAGGAACAGUUAAACGGCUUAUUAGAUGUCUUCAGUUUAUCUCCUAUCAAAGACGCGUAUGUUUUAGCCAAUACAGUAUUUGAAACUUUCUAUACUCUGGUUCAAUUCAACAUUUUAGACGGCAUACUGUCGUGGCGCAAGAAAAAUGUCAAGUACUUCUGAAAAAGACAAAAAUUUUGUCAGACUCUCUAUUAAGCUCAUCAAGUAGUUCUACGGCUGAUACCACAAACGACAAUAGUAUUGGCUACGAAGAUAUGGAACACUUGGUAGCUGGUUUACAAAAAUUAGUAUUGAUGAGUGAUCAUGCAGAACGAAUUCGAUUGUUAACGCUGUGUCCACCAACUUGGAGUAGGCGCGAUAUUUCAACAUUUUUUUCAGUUCCUGAGUGGGAAGGCCGCAUGGCCAAGGAAUUAUAUGAAUCUAGUGGUGUUUUAGCAGCUUAUGAAAAUAACCAAGAUCGUGUUAAAAUAACUCCAUCCGCAAUUGAAGCCGUCGUAGCUUAUUAUCAAGGUAAACUGAUUACUAUGAGAUUAAAUGAACUCAUAAACUGCUCAAAAUUGCAUUUUUCCUAG